AUGAAAUUGGCGAACACAGACCUGAGUGAGGCAGAAGAGUACGCCAUAUGGUGUGAACAGACGCGGGCUCUUUUUUUCCCCGUGGCCAAUGGGAAACAGAGUGCAGAAGAGAUACCCAUGAAUAGCAACAACGGCAGCAGCAGCAGUGGUAGUGGUAGUAGUAGUAGUAGCAUAGAUGUUAAUAUGAAUGAGAAUAAAGAUAAUGAUGAUUUCCCAUACUGUUUUUAUAUGCGUAUGCUGGGCUCUGGGAAACGAGAGUCCGACCAACAACAAGCCUCUGACAGUAGUUUUAGUCAAAAUUACAGCCGAAGUAGUAGCGUUAAUAGUCAAUUCUCCUCUAUUUCUCAACAACAGCGAUACAUAGACGAAGACGCUUACGCCGCUAGACUAACCUCAAAGUUACAAACACAAGCACGUGCUAUUCGAAGAGAACAACGAAAUAAAGUUCCUGAUAUUAUACCGAGUGAUAAUGUUCAGUGGCCUUUCCGUGAUGGGACGGUUGAAGCCAUCGCAGCAACUGUAAAUGAAGAACUUCAUGAAAUGCUUAUGUAUGUUCGAAAACGUAAUCUUUUGUCUGAGCAACUACGACGACAAUUAACGCAAACAAAGUUUCUUCUUGCUCAACAAAACGAAGCGUUACGAGAAUAA